AACAUAUCGCUUCGUGGUUUUAACUAGUUUGAAUGUUUUGUCUUACGUUAAGAUGUUAAACUGGAUUUUGUCUGACAGUUUUCUACGUUUGAUAACAGCGGACUAAUAUUUUACAAAAAAGUAAACAAACCUGCACCGGAAGUGUUUUGAGCUCGUGCCACGUCAGAGCUAAGCGUUAUCAUCAGUAGUACAGUGAAGAGGAGUCUUCUGCUUUCUGCACUUUCUCUUUGCCUUCACCAUGCUGUACCUGGGACUGAGCUCUUUGCUGCUGUAUGUGUCUGUGGUGUUUGGGACUGAGCUCACAUUUGAGCUCCCUGACAACGAAAAGCAAUGUUUCUACGAGGACCUAGAGAAAGAUGUGAAGUUCGACAUAGACUUCCAAGUCAUUGCAGGAGGCAACUAUGAUGUGGACUGCUUUGUCACCGAUCCUCAGAACAAUGUCUUGUACAAUGAGAAGAAGAAGCAGUAUGACAGCUUCUCUCACACCACAACUAUGAAGGGAGUCUACCAGGUGUGCUUUAGCAAUGAAUUCUCCUCAUUUACCCAUAAAACAGUCUAUCUGGAGUUCCGCCAUGGAGAUGAGGACCCUCUCAUGCCCAGCAUGACAAGAAGCACAGCACUGACUCAGUUGGAGUCAUCUUGUGUCUCCAUUCAUGAGAUCCUGAAGGUGGUGGUGGACUCGCAGACAUGGUAUAGGCUGAGAGAGGCACACGACCGAGCAAAAGCAGAGCACCUCCUCGAGCGGGUCACCUACUGGUCCAUCGGAGAAACUGUCUUGCUGUUUGUCAUCGGCAUCGGUCAAGUCAUGUUGCUCAAGAGCUUCUUCAGUGAGAAGAAAGGCUCUGUAGCAGCCACCACUUAGAACCUGUGGUCUCAGAAACUCUUCAGUGUGAAUGCAGAAGUGCAUCUGGAAACCAGCACACAUCUUUUUGUAUUUUCAGCAAACCCUUUGUUAAAGGGGUAGUUCAAGGAAUUUCACUAUUUCUGAGUGCUUACCCAUUGUCUGAGAAACUUGUGAAUGCCUUCUUCAUGUCUUAGUAGUUCUGUUCUUAACAAGCUGUAUUGAAAAGAAACACCACUCAUACUUUUGUUGAAAACAAGGCUGACACCUUUCAACCUUGCACAGAUUAUUUAUUAUAUUUUUAUUCAAGUACAACAUGAAAUAGUUUUGGUUUGGUCCAUCUGUUGCCUUACAGUAGGACCGUCAAGGAUUUUCAUGUGGAUACCCAGCAAUUACAGUGAAUGUUGUGGCACACUAAUAGAGACCAAAGAUGUGUUGUUUGUUUCUGAAUGUUAGUUUUAUUUGUUUUAUAGUGUGUAUUUUGUUUAUUAUUACCUUAAUUUAUGUGCAUAAUAUUGUUGUUGUCGUUGUUACGUGUCCUUCAUGUCGUACUCUGUCUCAUACAAAGUGCCUUAAUUGUUUCCUACCAAGUUAAAAGUUUACUGUUUAAAUAUGUUAGUGUGCCAUCCUGUUGUUACUGAUGAAUGAAUUCUCAGUUUCCAUAAGUUUUACAUUAAUAGAUAUUGGAAAGUGACCAACUGUUACAGCUGUUUGUUUUUUUUUUUUUUAUUCAAAAGUUAUGUUUUCAGCCCUCAUUGGUUUAUUGGUCUGUUAUCUGUCAGCAGAUUUCAAUAAAAAUUGGUGGAAAGUCA